AUGCCUUCCGUUCUUAUAGUCGGUGCGACCGGAAUGCUGGGAGCUUCGCUCUCCCGACGACUAAAGCAACAACACCCAGACUGGCCACUGACGGUGUAUUUCCGUAACCCUCAAGCGGACGAUUGGUUUCUCAACUCUGUGGGUGUGGACAGAGUUGAGCAUGGAACCUUUGAGGAUACUGCCAGAGUCCGUGCUCUGGCCGCUGAGCAUGACAUGGUGAUCAACACAGGGUCCUCAUUUGACCCAUCGCUGUCCCAAGCAAUUGUCGAUGGGUUGAAGCAGAGAAAAGGUGGCUCGAAGGGGACCCUUAUCCAUGUCAGUGGUGGAGGAAACUUUAUCGACCAUCGAACGGAUGGCAAAUACGACCCGGCUAGCAAAGUGUGGAAUGAUGCCAAUGAGGACGACAUCAAAAAGAUCGAUGCCAGUAUGCUCAAUGGUGCAGCGGAUCGACUUAUCCUCGAUGCUGGAAAUGAAGGCAGCAUCAAUACCUUCAUCGUGUGUCAGGCGUUGACAUAUGGUGCGGCGGAGGGUCCGUUACCGUCGCUAGGUAUCGGAUACAAAAUCUUAACUGGAAACGCGCAGUCUGUUGGAUUUGUCCCUUACGUUGGCGAGGGAAGUGCGCUCUUGAGUGUCAUCCAUGUCGAUGACUCUCUGAAAUUUAUUCUGAAGAUUGUGGAUAUCGCAGCGACGCAAGAGGUUACUGGCUCGGCAGAGAGUCGUUACUACAUGAUCUACGGAGAGAGAGUGUCCUGGAAGGACGUGGCCACAGUUUUGGCUAAAACAUUGCAUAAGAAGGGAGUGUUCCCUUCCCCCGAACCACGCAGUGUACCCAUUGAGCAGGCUGGUCAAGGCGAAAUCCCCAAGCUACUGGGAUCCAAUAUGCUGAUGCAAGGCGACCGAUCUGCGGCGCUGGGUUUCACAGCAACCGCUAGGUCUAUUCUGGAACACAUUCCAGAGGACCUGGAGGCGCAUACUUUCUGA